GAACAACUUACAGAAUAAUCAUUUCCCAACGUAGACCUAGAACUAGACGUAGAUCCGCUACCGACGUAUAGACCAUCAGGCGACCUACUACCACGACGCUUAGCCGCCGCUUCCAUGAAGAACAAACUAUUUUGAAACAAGACGAAUCAUUUGGAAUAUUUCAUCACCUGUCUUGUAGUUCAUCUUUUUCUUGACCAGAAACUAGCGAUCUUCAUCAACAACAAUCAUGUCUUCUGAGCAGAACAACAAGACCCUUCGUGGCGACAAUCUUCGGGAGCGUAUUACGGGGUUUGGGAGUGUUGGCGGUGUGGGAGGUCCUUCUACUCCACAGACAAACAACAUUAAGAAUAAAAUCGAACCCCCACAAGAGGAAGUCUCAGAACAAACAGACGCGGUAACUGCGACUCUGACAGCGAUCUCUGCGACCUUCUCGAGGAGUGGACUCGGAUUUACAACAAAUGGUGUUAUGGAGGCAGAGAAAGAGAAGCUUUCGCUUUCAGGAUGAAAGCUUCCCAUCUUAUUCACUCUUUUGAACAACAACGAAGAUGAAAUAGUACAGACAAACUUCAGCGCCCUCAGACUUAGUCGGAAAUCACAAUAAUUGUUACUUCUGAAAUUCUUUGUAAAGAUGGUGAAAUGAGAUCUGGCAGCUAACAGCUGUGUUGUUAUUCUCCAUCCUACCCCUCCUUUUUACUCUUUAAAAUUAUUGAAGAUGCGAAGCGCGGGAAUGACCAACCUUCGAAUGGCGCUCCACAUCGUGAGGGACAGGAGACAGGAAAGGACAUCCCUGCUGCAACCUCAGUGGGAGAUGCUGCGACCUCAGUGGGAGAGUACUUUACAGGACUCUGGGGAGCCGUUUCAAAUUAAGAAUGCACCAUCUGAAUCACAACAAUCCUGAACACUAGUUGUCCAAGAAAUGCUGUAGCUGUCAUGUCUCCACCUCAAUCAUCUAUCACACCAGCCCUCACACCAACCCUGACGCUUUAGUUUCCGUUACUCUCUAUUCCAUUUUCUCGUGACAAAUACUGUAGUCGUCGUGCCUCUACCUCAAGUCAACUCAUUAUCAUGAUGAAUCAGAUCUGCGUUGCUCACUACCCCUGAAGAGAAGAUCUACGUUCCUCACCGCGGUGGUCGGAGUUUUUCUUUACUAUUGUAGUCGUCGUGUCUCUCUUAUGAUAAAUGGGGUCACGACUCUAAUUUCUUCUGGAGGUGCAACUACUCACCAGUUUAAUACCACAAGCUGGCAAGGCCCUCGUCUCUAAUUCCUUACACUUGCUCCGGCACCAGAAUCGCCGAAGAGCAAUAUCAUGAAGCACAAUUCUCCGAGUGACAAUAGUGACAAUAUGCAACCUGCACAGCUCCAGUUAGGGGUUCCCUGGAGCGAGGUGCAAGCUUCAAAGAAAAACGACGGAGGAAAAAGUCACAGUCAGGCGAGCGUUGAGGUAGAAUUAUGAACUUGACGUAGGUCACCGUCAGAGGCAGAGCAUAGAGGUAAAAAAGUCUGUAAACAUUGAGGUCAACAUUGAGGUAAACAUGACCAUGAGGUGAGCAUUGGGGUAAACAUGAUCUUCAAAAUCAAAUAGACACUACCUUGUUCUUGAGUUGGUUGGUUGUUCCAUCCCCGAUAUGUUAGUUGGUUGGUUGGCUAUCCUCUUUGUUAGCGUUAGCUAUCGUCUUCUUUGUCGUUGGUUUCGUCUAUGUUGCUCUGUCGAUUAUUUCGAGAUAUAAAAUUGAUGCUUUAGCUUUUCAGUAUUCCUCGAAAUAGAGUAUUGAUGAAUAUUUGUCUCUUCUCUCAGGACCAGAAGAAGCAGGAAAGUGAUGUUGGUAGGACAUCCUCCUCCAGCGAGAAAAAGGCGACCAGAGUCAGCAAAACGGCGUCCUCACCUAUUAAGGCCCUAAUAGAGAGUUGACACUCAAUCACACUCCAAUUUCGUUGGCGUUGAUUGAAGUAGGAGGAAGACUAGUACAAUGAAAUCACCGUCAGAGUCCUUAGGAAGGAAGUCUGCUAGAGUCGCGAAGCUAGUAGAAAUGGAAGUGUCCGUUGGAGUUGGACAGAAGGAAAACUAGCGAAUUUUUUGGAAAGGACUUCUACUUGGACUACUUGAACUUUUACUGGCGGUUGGCUACUCUAAUCCAUCCUCGACUCGCCCAACACCCGCUCAAAUGGCGCGAGCCGAACGAGUAGUGGAUGAGAUUUGCGAGGUGAAGGGCCUCACCACAGUACCAAGCAAGAAAGAGCUUGAGCUUUUUUGUUCCUACCUUGGCCCAGGUGGCACACGAGGAAAAGAGCUCAUUUUGGAUUUAAGGCCUUUCUUAAGCAUGUAGAUAGUAUGUAAUGAUGGAGGAAACAAAUUAUGCUUCAUGAUGGGGCCAUGAAUGGUUGAAGGAGCAUUGACUUUGACAAAGGCAAAUGGGUUUACUACAACUGACUAGAAUCGUCCCACGUACUUAUUAGCAAUUUCACCUAAAAAUCUAGAAAAGACUCCUCUCCAAUUCGACACUUCUGAUGCUGCGACUGUGAAAUCUACUAACGUUAAGAACAAUCUAAAAAAGACUCCUCUAAUACCUGAAUCCGACACUUGUGAUCCUGGUGCGACUGUCGAUAAAAUCAAGGUUUCUAUCCCGGCGCUUUCGAGAUGCGUGUGUACUAGGCUAAGUUUCUUCAAUGGAGACGAUGACUGGUGUCCGCGUUUCAGGCUUCUGCACGCUCUCAAGGCAGCUCACGAGACACCUCCAGACGGACGAACGCUGUUUCUCUUAAGGUUGUAGGUUGUUUCUCUUAGAGCAUCUUUUUUCAUCAGAAAUGCUUCCUUGUGCUUUUAGUAGCACAGCAAUGGGUAUUUUGAAUUUCCUUUAUCUCCUUCAUUUCCCCUACACCCUAUUCUAUUUAAGUAGUCCUAUCUCAUUCUACUGCGCUGUUACAUUUGAGCAAUAUAAUUUCUGGCUACAACUACCUCCUUGUGCAACCCAUCUAAGUCGUAGCGUGAUGCGCGAAGCCGAGCCAGUGGUAGAAGGACUCGCUUUGCUAGAGCAAACGAGAGAAGUGGCGGCUGAGGUACUUAACCUAUUUCAGGGUAAUACUCGAGUCUAGGUCACCCUUCUUCUUGUGGAACGCUUGUUAAAUAGGUACCAGUCUUUGGUCUAAGUCUCACGUUGCUUCUUGUCACUUCAUUCAUAUGAGGAUUCAGGAGAGCACCGCAUCGUCUAGGGGCUGGCAUGCUUGCCAGUGAUACUAGGCUCCAUGGAAUGGCAUGCUGUUCUUGCAGAAAAGUUGAGUUUGAGAUGUGAGAGAAUCAAUGUCAUAGCAGAUAGUGUCAUCAAAGUAGCUUUACGCUAUGGUAAAUCGUCCUCAAAAACUCCAGGUUCUCCAGCUUAAGCGAUCCUCCGGCCACAGGAGUAGCAAAAAUCCUAGUGUGAGUCCGACUAACCGCUCGACCGACUUGUUGGGAGCAGACUUUCCGGUAUCCGAACGCCCCAGAGUUGUGGUCUCAGAUACCAAUGGUGCAAGUGCCGUCGACAAUAAGAAUGCCAUGCAUCUGAGUGACUUUCUCAAUGUUGAGGGGAGUUGCCCAACUGCCUUAACACAACAAGAAGAACAACAACGACCGCCUAACGAGAAGAGCAAACAAACAGUUGUAACCUCCUUGCUGGAUGAUAUAGCUGCAGGUGCGUCACCAGGACAUCACGUUAAGGCUCAUGUUUGAAUCUCUACUGCAUAGGUCAAUUUUUUGUUGAUAGUGAGGGCUCCAUAUAAUAUCAUUGUUAUUGCGGUUGACAUGUAUCAUUAUUAUUUUUCUUCGAUUUCGUUGACAUUCAUAUAUCAAUAUUCUUCUGUUUCUAGUGCGGGCUCCACUGGACUUCAUCUUCUGUUCUUUUGAGGCUGAAACAUUUCCGGACAGAAUAUGCUAGAACUUGAGCGUUGUUGUACCUACAACAUCUACCUACAACAUCCACCUACAACAUCUACAUGAUUGAAUCAACUCCUCUAACACUCACAAAAGCACAUCGUCAUCAGCAGUGCCUUUACUUUCCAGUUCAAGUCUCCUUGAUGAGCUCUCGUUGACCACGGUGCAAGGACAAAAAUCUAUUAAUACACAAUCUCCCUCUUCUGGAGAUGCACCGCCAAGGAAGAUAUCAGUAAAAUUACCACCUGCGACGAUCGAAAGCGAUAAAUCUCGGAAAUCGAGUACAGAACCCCUCAAGACACGCACUUAUGAUAUUGACGGGUUUUUUUUUGUACUUUCAUUGAUUCAGAGUUUCUAUUGUCAUCGAUCUUGUUCAGCUUUCACUUUCUUCGUUAAUCUUAAUACCCUGCUUGUUCUAUAGGGUCGUAUGAUGACUGGUUUUUUUUUGUACUGUUCGUUUAUAAGUGGCUCUUGUUCUUUGUAGUGACGAGUAUCUCCACCUGACUCCCCCACUUCUUCUAAUCAACGCAGAAAAUAGCAGAUGCUGCAGCACGGCGGAGCCAGCGCAGUAGCGACUCGCCUACGACGCCUGGUGCGGACUUGGAUGACCUGUUUGUAAACGGAAGUGCACCACGACAACCGAAGAUAGAUUUUAGUCCGACUAAUCGCGUCGAUAUGAUUUCAAAUGCUGGUUCUGCUGUGAUAACAACUACCAAUGCCACUUCUGCAGCUUCUGCUUCUGUAUCUUCUACUUUGGGAGUGAAUUGUGCGGGCAUACCAGCUCCUUCAACUGAUCUCCUUGAUACAAAUAAACCAUCUGAAGAUAGGUUUGCAGCGUUAAAACCAGAUGCUAUGAUGGAUAAGACGGACUCUCCAACCAGCGCAGACCCGGACCCUGAUGCUUUUGACUUUGUCACAGAUCUAAUGAAAAAAUGAGGAAGAAAACACCGCCUCGACGAAAU